AUGCCUCGUCCCGAGCAGCCCCCUACACCUGCGUCUUCGACGGAGAUCAAAGGAAAGGAUGGAUCUCAGUUCUCGAGUCUGCAGAUGUCCUUCGAACUUCCUCCUCCGGCUGUAGCAGGCGGAGAGUCCAAUCCCUCGAGCGCGUCCUUGGCAAACUCUUCCCCGACUUCCUCGUACCACCCCGACUCUCCAAAGUCUCCUGUGAUUCCUGCAAGUGAGGGUGUCAAACUUCGUCGACGUCCAUCUGCGGCACAAGCUCCUGCCAAAGAUGCUUUUGCCCUUCCCCCACCCCCGACAAGGUCCAGGAAGAUCAUUCAGAUGAAACCUCGCGGACAACCAGAAGAGAUUCCAGAGUUCUCCAAUGAUGGGUCAAAAGCAUCUGCGGGGAAGCCUGCUGCCUCUACGCCGAAAAAGAAACAACCCUCUUCAACAAGUGUCGCUGGUCGCAAGAUCGCGCGGAAGACGGCUCACAGCUUGAUCGAGCGUAGACGAAGAUCUAAGAUGAAUGAGGAGUUUGGAGUCCUGAAGGAUAUGAUCCCAGCGUGUACGGGGGAGAUGCACAAACUGGCAAUUUUACAAGCAUCUAUCGACUAUGUACGAUAUCUCGAGGACUGCGUGGCGAAACUGAAGGCUGAGAAUAAUCGAACUUAUGCAGCCCCCACAUCUGAUCAAUGUAUUCUUCCACCUCCGGCAAGCAGAGGAACUUACAACACACCUCGACAAUACCAAUCGUAUGAGGAGCCCGAAGAUGUUGAAAUGGGCGGCUCAGACCAAGCCUCACCUACCUAUUCAACCCCUAUACCACCGUCCAACCGGCCUUCGGCCUCUCCAGCACUCAUACCACAAGAUUCCCGAAACCGACAAGACUCAUAUUCGUCGGUGUCAACAGACCAGCGUCACUACAGCUUCAGCGCAUCAUCCACGACUUCUCCUGCUCUAGGCCCCUCGGCUUAUGAGUAUGCUCGAAGUGCUGUCUCAGUUGGAUCGGCUUUGACGAGUCCUGUUUUAUUGCCACAAAGGGAUAGGGAUAUGGAUCAAGAAGCCACUGCGGCUCUUCUCAUGUUGAAUACCGACCGGCGAGGUACCCAAGGAAGCAUCGGCGGCAGAGGAAUGAGCGUUAAGGACUUACUUAGUACAUAA